UUUUUACCUUUUGCCUAAAGGUAAAACAAAAGGACCGAAAAUCUUCCCCUGGUAGAUAAAAACCAGAAAAUCACAUUACCCAGCCCCGACUGCUGUUCCUUUAAACUCGAGAGGAAUGAAUGAAUCAUUUUGAGAUUUUGCGUCAAAUAAAGCAAUGUAUAAAGCUUCGUCUCCCAAUGGAGGGCAAGAAACUCCAUGCCCAUGUCGUGAAAUCCGGCUUCGACCGUCACGGCCCCCUUUUCUCCAACACGCUAAUAGAUAUGUACGGCAAGUGCGGCUGCCUCAAAGACGCACUCCAACUGUUCGACGAAAUGCCCAACAGAGACUUAGCGUCUUGGGCCUCGAUUUUCACCUCACACAACCACGCCAACCUCCCCAAGAAAACCCUCUUCUUGUAUUCCGAUGCGGUGUCUAAGGAUAAUUUACGGCCCGACGAUUUCAUCUAUGCCACUCUGUUUAAUGCUUGCGCUGGCUGUACUGCUUUGAAAAUCGGCGAGCAAUUGCACGCGCAGUUUAUUGUGUCAAUAUCUUCAGAUGAUGAUGUAGUUAAGUCGAGUCUAGUUGAUUUCUACGCGAAAUGCGGGUUCCCUGAUAGAGCUCGUAAAGUUUUCGAUUCAAUUGUAUCGAAGAAUGUGGUUUGUUGGACUAGCUUGAUAUACGGGUAUGCAAAGGUGGGCAAGAAGAGCGAAUCGCUCGAUCUUUUACGUGAUAUGCCUUGCAAAAAUUCCUACACUUGGAAAGCGUUGAUAUCGGGCUUCAUGCAGGCUGGGCUGUGUCUUGACUCAUUCAAUCUUUUCAAAGAGUUGAGGAGAGAAGGAGUUGAUCUAGAUGGACCAUUUGUUCUUUCGAGUUUGAUUGUUGGUUCGGCUACUUUAGCUAUGUUAGAACUCGGGAAACAAGUUCAUCGCUUAGUUAUUGGUCUUGGCUAUGAGUCCAACUCGUAUGUUGGUAAUACCUUGAUUGAUAUGUAUGCUAAAUGCAGCGAUGUAUCAGCUGCAGAGAAGAUUUUUGGGAAUAUGAGGAAGAGGGAUAUUGUUUCUUGGACCUCGAUUAUAGUUGGGAUGGCACAGCAUGGCCGGGCUGUUGAAGCACUGUCGUUGUAUGAUAAGAUGACUUUGGCUGGUUUGAAGCCUAAUGAAGUGACAUUCACUGGGAUAAUCUAUGCCUGUAGUCAUGCUGGCUUAGUUGACAAAGGCCGUCAUCUUUUCAAUUCUAUGGUUAAGGAUUAUGGAUUGAGACCAUCGCUCCACCAUUAUACAUGCUUAGUAGAUCUUUAUAGUCGUUCUGGAUUGAUUGAAGAGGCCGAGGAUGUGCUUAACACCAUGCCAUUCAAACCCGAUGAAGCUGCUUGGGCUGCUAUAUUGAGUUCUUGUUGUCAAGGAGAGCAAAAGGAAAUAGGGGUUCGAAUUGCAGAUCAUGUGCUCCAGUUAGGACCAGAGGAAUCGUCAACAUGUAUACUAAUGUCUAACAUCUAUGCACGUGCUGCUAUGUGGGAACGAGUGUCUCAAGUGAGAAGACUGAUGGCUUCAAUGGAGUUGAAGAAGAAACCUGGCUACAGCUGUGUUGAUCUAGGGAAGGAGAUCCAAGUGUUUUAUGCCGGUGAGGCGACACAUCCCAUGAUGGAUGAGAUUUUCCGUCUUCUGGAAGAGUUGGAUGUGGAGAUGAGGAGGAGAGGCUAUGUGCCCGACACUUCUUUGGUGUUGCACGACAUGGGACUGCAAGAGAAGGAGACACAGUUGUUUUGGCAUAGUGAGAGAUCAGCUGUUGCUUAUGGGCUGCUCAAAUCUGCUCCGGGGACAUCCAUACGUAUUCUUAAGAACCUUCGUGUUUGUGGUGACUGCCACACUGUCUUCAAGUUCAUCUGCAGCAUCGUUAGUAGGGAAAUCAUUGUGAGAGAUAUCAAUAGGUUCCAUCAUUUUAAGGAUGGCGAGUGCUCUUGUCGCGACUUCUGGUGAUCAUCCAACAUCUGAUGGUGGCCUUCCUGGACUUGUCUUGAUCAGUUAUGUGAUGACUUUCUUGCAAAAUUUAGAGACUUUUUUGAGGUAAUAUUUGAAUUGAGAAGAUUCUAGUUGAUGCUUGAUCAUUAUAUUUGUCGAAAUGUAUCUGAACUCACUGUCUUUCAAAAACUGUUUUCUUCUACACUUGAUUAUAACCAAUAUACUAUUAAUCAUUAUAUUCUCUCUCUCUCUCUCUUUUUGUGGGAAUAUUUUGAAGUAUUAAUACUUGUAUAGUUAUAUGUGGACUUCUCAAACAAAUGUGGACUACCCGUGAGAUAGUCUAACAAGAACUGUAUUAACAAGAACUGGUGAUUAAACAUGAAACCACCACAACAUACAGAAAUCACAAUAGAGUUUUAACCAUUCUGCCCAGAAAGCAGGUAAUCAUACAGUUAUGAACAAGGAAGACUUGGCUUUAUUUUUAGUUGCCUUCAUUCAAGAUGAAGACAUUAGCAUUUAACUAUAAUGUUUCCAUUACAUGGUCUUUGACAGAGAGCUCAAAUCCAAAUAUCAGAGGUGCAGUCACCACCGGGAUAUCUCAUCUCAUGAGCCAAAGACGGGCCGUCCGGCUCAGCCCCGAAGUCCACGAAGAACUCGGGGUUGAUCACAAGGCCUCCUUCCUCUGUAUCAACAUCAAUCUGUAACAUAUGGCCACCUUUCUGAACAAGGUCGGGAUAGAAUUGACGAUCCCAAGCGCUGAAGAGAGAAUUUGUGACGUAAAGCCUCUUCCCAUCCAAACUCAGCUGUAACAUAUGUGGUCCUCCUCUUAAUUCAUGUCCCUAAAUGGAAACAAAAUGAGUUAUUAGCUUCCUAUUUUUAAUGGCGACUCACCAAAAUGAUUUAAGGUGCGAUUUAUAUAUUUUUGAUGCAAAUAUAUAUUAUUGAUAUUAAAA